AUGCUGUCGUUCGGGAUGUUCACCAACACAACAUCAUCUUGCAGCUGUGCUCGCAAAAGAGUCCGGUGUAUAGCAGCAGUUAAGGAGUCAGAGACGAAGGGGAUGCACAAAGGAAUUCUACCUUCACAUGGGAUCCUUACUAUGUUGUUCGUAGGUCGAGAUUGGGUGUUAGAUUUCAAUUUCGAGUACCCGUUUGAACUAGCUAUGCUUGUGGCUAGUUUUAGUGAUGCUGCUAUACACCGGACUCUUUUGCGAGCACAGCUGCAAGAUGAUGUUGUGUUGGUGAACAUCCCGAACGACAGCAUCAAACGACAGUUAGUUCGCAAUAGAUUCUACGAUAGGCAAUGCGGGUCAGAAUGUUGCGUGGUUUGUCCAUUCGGUAAGGCCAGUGAUUGCACGAGAGUCGGAGUUAUUUAG